UGUAAGCGUGACCGUUGUCAGCCUUCAUUAUUACAAUGAUAGAAGUUGCGCGAGCGCAACAACCGAUUGAGAGAUUAUAAGACUCGCAAAAAAUAUUUUUAAUAAAGAUAUUUAAGUGUUGACAAUUAUUGUGAAAACCAGUUCUACUAUGUUUUGGACACCUUUUUUGAUUUUUAUAUUUAGCGCUCUUGCAGCCGCUAUAAGAGUACCUACUGUAAAUAUUGAAGAUACUGACACUGAUUCAUCUAAAGUGGACUCAAUAGAAAGAAUAAAUAAUAAACCAAUUUAUUAUACAUCGAAUGAAAAUUCACCAGAUGGCUUUUUGAUUCCACCCAUUCCACAUAAACGUGAGGAAGUUUUGCGUGCAGUUAUGGCUACUCCGGCUACAUUUUUGUUACCACCCUCCAGUGAGGCAAUGGUUGACUACUAUAAACCGCCAGAGGCAACUGAACAAAAUGAUUGGUAUCCAAUUGCGCCAGAACAACCACAAAAUUUACCUCAGCAAUUAAUCCAAAAAUCACCAGAAUUUACAGAAAUCGUAAUGGGUAAUUUAAGAGCUGGAAAAGUAUUAGUUAAAGAUACCAGUGUACUACCACCAACACCUGCAAGAGGUCUAUUGCCCCCAUUGGAAAAUGCUCUCAAUUUUUAUUUUGAUGAUUCUGUUGUAACGGAAGGCCCGUUACAUCAAGAAUUACAAUUAAAAUAUAAGAAACCUACAGCGCUCUAUCCAAAGAAGGUUGUAGGACAUUUUAAUCCUGUGCCUAUUCCUAUUGCGCAAUUUGCUGAUAAUACAGCAGAAAUUCCGAAGGCAAAACCUAUGAGAACAUUUAAACCUCUUUCGGGUGUUGAAGGAGUAUAUUUAACACCACCAGAUGAAAAGAAAAUCUAUCUAUAUAAACAGGAGGAACAAAAGCGAAAGUUAAAGAACGAAAAUGAAGACGAAAAGAGGGAAGUUACUACCACAGAAAUUAAUAAUGAAGAUGGAAGAAAAACGAGACCUUCAGAGCAAGAGACUUCAGAAACGAAUAACCACCAGCCCAAACGUGACUUCCACCUCGCUCCAGUGAAACAAGCAGCAAAGCGGCCGGUAUAUGUUCCUGCAAAUAAAGGCGAGAGGACUGAAUUUCGAAUGCACGGAAUGAAUGGACCACAUAGUUAUCAGUUUGGAUUUGAUACUGGCAAAGGGAAAAAUCGGCAGUUCCGUUAUGAGGAGCGCGACAACGACGGUCACGUAAGAGGCCACUACGGUUACGUGGAUAAACUCGGCAAGAUGCGGGUUGUCAACUAUGAUGCAGAUCCGCAGUUAGGAUUUAGAGCAGACCCUCCGGUUGUUCAGGAAUGAUUGGAUAUUGCAUACGAAAAUAGGUUUUAGAAAAUGGUUGUUGACAUUCCAAUAUGAAAUGUAAUAAGGUAUCUAUUUACAUUCAGUACUUCUACUGAGUAAACGUUGUUGUCUAGUACAGCGUACCGAGUGAAUUAUUUCUCGUUAAAGAAUUAAAUAUUCAAAAACAAUACUUUGUUAAAAAUUAAAAAUAUUUGUUUCCUUUUAUAGAUACUUUAAGACUUUGUUUAAUGUACGGUGGUACACCGUUGACUUGAUUAUUUGCAGGUAUUUAUUUUAUUAUAUUAAAUAAAAAUCAAUAGGUAUACAGGUGUAUUUCACUUCUUAUCGUAGGGCACAAUAUUUUAAGAAGCAAAACCCUUUUAAUAAAGGUUUUCCAGGCCGUAGCUUCAUUAAAUAAAUAUUAUUGGGUCAUUAUGUACCAAUCAUGAUAAAAAGUUGUAUAAGAUUAUUUAAGUACUUACAGCGAAAUAAUUUUGCAUUAGACCAAAGGUGUAUUCAUUAUAUUCGUAGGUAUUAAUAUAAUAUUUAAGUUUCUUUAUUCCUUUGUAAAAUGUAAUGCCAAAAUCAUUAUCUUUAAAAUUGAUUAGUUAUACAGGAUCUGUUGGAUAAAACCAAUCUUGAGUAUUUAAUAAUAAAUG